AGUAGAAAGGUGGAAAGGAUGGAGGGAGGGAGAGAGAGAGAGAGAAAGAAAGAAAGAGAGACGCGACACGCUCGACGCAGAGGGCUGCGUUCGCCAAGCAGUUACUCUGGAACCGUUGCCUUGACGACACGCAUCCACGCAUGCGCGCGCGCAACGCGAACGGUACGCGAGCGCAGUCAAAGAGUGUAGUACGCGCCAGUUUCAUCCGUCACCCUCGCCUCCGUAUCAUCAACGUUUCCACCACCAGCACUUACCGCCGCCACCGCCGCCACUACCACCACCACCACCACCACCACCAUCGGUACCACCACCACUGAUGCCCAUCACCCUCGCCUUCUCCCAAGUACUCUCCGUGUCUCUCUUUCUCUCUCCCACCCUUUCUCUCUCUCCGCCCUCAUCCUCGUGGUCCUCCGCGGCGAGCACGCGCGCGCGCCCGCGCGCGUCAACGCGUUAACGGGAGUGCGCGCUGUCACCGUCACCGAGAAACGUCAUUUCGCGGAUCCCGCGACGGUCGACCACGAUCGCCGUACUCGAUCGUUCGCGAGUGCACGCGCGCGCGCGCGCUUUUCUUAUUUCUCCCGAGCACAUCUCCCGAGCACGUCGCGCGAAAAUCGGGAAAACGGAUCGAUUUGUCGCGAGUGCCGGCCAAGUUGGGGCCGAGGGUGUCUCGACGGAAGAGUGGCCGUUUUUGAGAAAGCGAAGAAAAGGCGACGAUGCCGUUCUCUCGGACAGACGUUUCCCCGACGGAGGAAUUUAAUCGUCGUGGUCCCGUGAGCGUCGCCGAGCGCCGGUGAACGGCUCGAACUGGUUUACGAACUCGCCCGAUGUCUCCGUUUGGAAAGCGCGGUGUUAUCGCGAGAACUCGAAGAGCAUCGUCGGUGACUCGUGAUGCCUUAACUUGGAGAUCGAAGCCGAAUGCCUCUUCCCGCUCGCGCUAGCGUUCCCCGAUAGCGGCGCCCGUUGGCGGCGUCGUCGCUGUCGCCGCCGCCGCCGCCGCCGCCGCCUCGGACGUGCUGUGCUCCUCUUCUUACCGACGACACACUCGGGACCCUGGGAAGCGGACACCGUGAGACGCGAUGCUCGCGACGACGAGCCUCGACGAGCACUCGACGGCAGCCCGGUGCGGGAUAGUGUUUCGGAAUUCAUUAGAUUUGAGGCGCGGGACGUCAUCUACGCGACGUCGGCUCCGACCUACGUGACUGUUACCAAGUUUUCGUUCUCGGUUAUCGUCGCGAGUCCAAGUGACACGAGUCCGCUCGAACGAGUCCAGUUUCGAGGGGGAGAUCCAGAAGGCGGACCCGGAACCCGAAAGAAACCGCCGCGCCGCGGAAUUGGAUGCUGGUGCCAUCCUCUACCUCGUCUCGCUACCACUACCCGAAGUAAAGACGGCAGGAUCCUCUCUCGGCCCUGCCGACGUGUCGGUUGGAUGGUGCCGCGAGGAUUAACCCUCGGCAGGACGACGACGACACGGGAGCCGGAGCCGGAGCCGGAGCAUCUACGCUUCUACGACUCUCCGCCGCCGCCGCCGCCGCCACGGAUGGACGCGAGCGUGUGCUGUCUGCCCGCCGGUGCCGCGGCCACCACGGGGGUCACCCAUGGGCAUCACCCUCAUCCGGCGUCUCUGCCCGGUCUACCGUCCGCCACCGCCGUCGGCGUCCAGCCGCCGACGUUAGUCCAGCCGUCGUCCUACGUCGGCCAGUACGCCGCCGAUCAGAUAGUGCCCGAUCGGGCCCAGCCCGACGGGCCCAAUCUCGCCACCGUGCUCGGCUGCAACGCGCAGGACGGCUGGGCGCAGCAGAUCUCGUCGACGACGUCCACCGGCGCCGUCACCGCCACCACCACCACCGCCUACAUCGACUAUUCGUGGCUGCAGAUGCAGACGUCGGACCUGGACACUUUGCUGUGCAGGCAGGAUCUCGAUCGUUUGCAGAGGCUGGACGAGGAUGAGACGGACGCGAGAGACGUGCGGGAGCCUUCCGUGCACAUGGAGGACUUCUUCGAGGUCGGCGGGCCUACGGCGGUGUGCCGACCACCUCAGGCCAGUUUCGUCUCUGCCAGGAGUCAGCCGGCGACCGGGGGUCAGGACGACGACGUCUUUCUCCGACCGCCGCUCUGGGAGGACAUCACGUCGAGCAUCCAGAAGCUGGAUCCGGAGAACGCGGACAUGCUGGGCUCGCAGUCCCACGUAAAGAUGGAGGCUGACGACGUGACCUCGCCGCCGGUUCUCUCCCCGGUGGAGAUCAAGACCGAACCGUUGCCACCGCCGCCGACAUUGCAUCUCCUCGAGGGACCGGCCACGAACCCCUCGCAGAAUCCCUUUCCCAAUCCCUCGAGUGUUCAGCAUGUCGUCCAUCAUCGAACGACGACGGCGACGACGGCGACGACGGGGGCGCUCUUCAAGAGCUUCCCCAACGGCAACAACAAUAACAACAACAGCGGGACUAUUAGUAGUAAUAGCGCGAGUGGGAAUAAUGCCGGAAGCAAUAACGGUAGCGGCAGUGGCGCCAGCAGCAACAACAGCAGCAGCAGCAGCAGCAGCAGCAGCAACAGCAGCAACAACGGCGGUGGUGGCAACAGUGAUUCGUCGACGACCAGUCAUCUUCAACCGAGCGGCAACGCGACGUCGCCGCUCUACAGCUCGAUGACGAGGCUGAUGUAUAUUUCACCGUUGACGCCACCGAUCUCCGAUCCCGGCUCGCCUAUCGGUGCCGGUCCACCCAGGCGGACCCCGCCACCCCCGUAUCCUCAGCCGGGCCCGAUCUUGAAUCCGGCCCACAGGAUUCAAUCGUCCGCGAUGUCGAACAAGUUCAACAGGCGGAACAACCCGGAGCUGGAGAAGCGUCGGGUGCACCACUGCGAUUUCAUAGGUUGUACGAAAGUCUACACGAAGAGCUCGCAUCUGAAGGCUCAUCAGCGGAUACACACGGGCGAGAAACCGUAUCAGUGUCAAUGGCCGGAAUGCGAGUGGCGAUUCGCCAGGAGCGACGAAUUGACGCGGCAUUACCGCAAGCACACCGGGGCUAAGCCCUUUAAAUGCGCGGUCUGUGAGCGCUCCUUCGCCAGGAGCGAUCAUCUCGCGCUGCACAUGAAGCGGCACCUCCCGAAGCAGCACACCAAGUGAAGAGAUAGAGAAAGAAAGAGAGAGAGAGAGAGAGAUAAAAAUCACGGACGGAAGAAAGAGGGAGAGAGAGAGAGAGAGAGAGAGAGAGAGAGAGAGAGAGAGAGAGAGAGAGAGAGAGAGAGAGAUCUUCUCCCUGCGCUUUCCGUUCGUUCUCGACUACUUGUGUUGGACUCGGUUUUCGCCAUUCAGGCGCUUCGAGGCGCGGAGCUUUUCGAAACUGGAGAACGUGGCGAGUUCAGAAACGUGUUAUAGAAAUUAUUAAACAAAAAGCAAAACAAGUGAAAACUAUCUCUCAAAUAUUAUCGUAAUUUCCAAAGCGGAGCGAUAUCCGUGACGCUACGUCAUAUCGCUCUCGUCGACUCGUUGUUGGUCGAUUUUUUCGGAAAGUGUUCGCGAGUUUAACGACUCUCGUCAAAUUGACUCUCGACUCGCGAACGACGAUUGCGUAAAUCGUCGAUGCAAUCGAAUUCGGCCGCGCCGUGUCCCCGACACACGAUUCCGGCUACAGUUUCGGGGUCGUCCCCGGAUUCGCGGUGUACAUAUCAGCGGAGCGCGUCGAUUGGAAGAGCGAGCUCUCGCGCGUCUCGACUCGAUCGCCUCGGUUACGCUCACUAUCGUUCGGUUAAGCGGUCGUGACGAAAUACAUCCUCAGUGUGGGUGGCGAUCGCGCGAGGAAAUAUUUCGUCAUAGCGCUCGUAUACUCACUCACGGACCCUGAGCCGGGGAAUAUUACAAUCCCCGUCCCUCCCUCCGGUAACUAUAGCGUAACUUUGCACCGACGGAUGGAUCCGAGCUUGCCCGUCGACUGAAUCGUGCGAGGCGAGUGCUCUUGGAAAGUAAAAGCGAAAACCGUCCGUCUUUCGAAAGGCAGCUUCCACAUUAAUAAGUAAACUCUUCGCAUUCGCUUCAAAACAUUUUAUACCACGAAUCUGAGAUUCACUAAAGAUCUCGUCGAGAUAUUUGCAUUCGCGGGCGAUAGCAAUUUUUUGUUUUUCGUUCCCAUGCUCGUGUUCUUCCCCCCGCCGUCUCUUCUGCGUAUUCCUAUUAACAAAAGUUGAAGCGCAAAGUCGGAAGCUCCGUUGCCGUCACUCAUAUUUUUUCGGAGCCGUCAUCGUGCUCGCGACGACGCCACGUCGAGUCCCUCGCGAAAUGAUUUGCCAGAUUAAGCGUUAUCUCGAAAUUAUCGCUAUCUCGGAGAUGGCUGCGCGACUCGAGAUAUCCUGUUUGGCGUGUAAACGAUCGUCCGUACGGUCGAGCAAGAGCUUAAGCCGAGCCGAGGAAGCUUAAUCCACCGCGUCUCGCGUCGCUCGCGCGCGCAUCAUUUCGAUAGUCGUCGCUAACGCGAAAUUCGCCGCGAUAUUUACCGAACCUCGUCGAUAGCAGAGAGACAGAUAGAUAGAAGAGCGAGUAUCACGGCUUCGCCGUUAUCACGCUCGUAUGUGAGAAACGGCACGAUAUCGUGAUGCCUUAUGUACAAAUUCGCGUAGUCUUGAGGAGAUAAGGUGGUCUUAUGGCGGUCGAUGUGCGCGUGCACGUUGUGUGUAUGUGUGUGUGUGUGGGCGAAUGUUGCGUCCGUGUGCUAUAUGCGAGUGUGUAUAUUUAUAUGCGUACUCUACACACGCGGUAGUCUAUGUAUGCGCUUGUGUAUAUGUGUAAAAAAAAAGCAGAAGAAAAAGCAGAAGAUACGCAUCUGAUAGCCAUGUAGUGUAAUAUUAUCUGUAUAUUACGCGAAGCGAUGGGCCGGGAAUAAUUCGUUCUCACGCGUGCCCCGCGAUCGAUUCGAUCCGAUCCGAUCUAUCGUACACCGCGCGAAAGGCGAAUACACCCUUCGUGUGUACAUAAACGUCUAAAUCGUGCACCGCGAAAAAAAAACCGCAAAAGAGACGAAAUUUGUUAGCGUCAGUAAGGUCGGGAUUCGCGUGGGAGAGAAUGAAUUUUUUCGUGUCUCGAUCUCUUAAAUCGCUGGAAACGUCGCGCAACAAUCUCUUCGGCUGAUGACAUUUGUUCUAACGAUAUUUUCCACAUCUCCAAUUACAUAUUAAAAAACAAAUAAUUUUCGCUUGGCAAUGUCCCCAUAAGAAUCCAAAGACUUUAUCCUUUAAACCUCAAAGACUUCGAUGUAUAACUUUCUUCCGAAGUAUUAACCAAUUUUCUUAAAUCGUAGGUACGAAGAUGCGUCUUCUUUUUAACGUGUUUCGUCGCUAGGUAACGCCGGACCAUUCAGCUUCAGGCCUGAAAAAGUAAUCGUCCGUCCCUGGCGCACGGAGAAAGAGAGACGUCGGCGAAAAGCGAUUUCGCGUAUCUGGACGUUCCGUUACGUUCCGACGCGACAUGUCCCACCUCGGGAGCGCGCGCGCGAAAAAUUCUAUCCGUAGUCACCGCUUUGUACACAACGCGCGAUCGUUGCAAUAGCCGAUCGAUCGGAUCGUUAUGUAGUUACGUAGUUAAACGAACGUUAGACGGAAAAACGAAGUAACGUCGUCUAUUUAUAUCUGUCUAUCCGCCUGCCUGCCUGCCUGUCUCUCGUCACCGCAUUUCUUCCAAAUUGAUUCCUUCAAAUUGUUGUCGUCGUCGUCGUCGUCGUCGUUUAGUGUAUUCCUCUUCCCCUCGCUCAUACCUCACUUCCAUGUUCGCGAAAUUUUUUUGCAAUCCUUCAUGUUAGUUUUUCAAAUUUCUCUGUGCAAUUUUAACUUUUUUUUUUUUAGAAAAUUUCCUAAAUUUUUUUUACGAAUUGGGACACCAGAAAAUCUUUUCUAGAAUGUUUUACCUGUGUGAAUUUCAAAAUUUUCAAGAUUUAAAAUCUUGGGAUUACAAGAUUUUUUUUUCAAUUUAAAAGAUUUUUAUACACAUUUAAAAUAUGAAGAAUUCGUGAGAAUUUUUUUCACGAGGGAUUUCUUCUGCCCUUCUUUCCGUCCUACUCCUUCGUCUUUCCCUCAUUGAUAGCGAUUGUCUCCCGCUUGUCUACUCGUUGGGUCGACUUUACGAUUAACUCUUAUAUAUAAAUGUGAAAUAUACCUCAUUUGCAGAUACGCAGCAAUAGAGUCGACGAGCGUGCUGCGAAGCGCGCUAUUAAAAUUUGUACGCACCUCCUACCACCUCUCGACUUCUUACGGUCUUGUCUAUAAUGUUUACGCUGUAAUUUGUGUGUUGUGUAAUUUAAAAAAAAUAUAUACGAAAUGGUAUUAUCUCUGUA